CACGACUGAUAUUCCGGCCAUUGAAGGCGAAAUAUAAAAGUCGCACUUGGGCCUAGAUUCAUCUUGGAUUUUUUUUUUUCUUCAUCAGAGAUCUGUAGCUGCCAUCUAUCAAUCAGGCGCGCAUACUUGUUCGACGGAAUCAUUACAAACACUACCAUGACUCGCCUCCGGACUCUCGCUGCCACUGGCAUCCUUCUGAGCAGCUUUAACGGAUGCUUUCUCCCCUCGGCGGCGGCAGGGGUAGCACCCAGAGCAGCAGCCCCGCCAGCGCAGGUACACAUCCCCGGCAUCGACACCAAUACGGUUAAGCACUUCGACUGCCCCAAGACAACGUGCUCGAACCUGUCCCAGAAGCAGCUCCAGGCGGCCAUGAACGAGUUUGCCUACCUCUUCUACACGCAGGGGGACGUCGAGGGGGCAUUCCUCAAGUAUGUCGCAAGUAACUAUGUGCAGCACAACCCGGACAUUGCCGACGGCCGGGACGCUGCCCUGGCAGGGCUCAGGCCGGUAGCUGGAUCGCCGGGGAACAACUUCGAGAUUGCAAGAGUCAUGGUUGGGCCCGAGUACACCACCAUCCACAUCAAGGCGACGCUCGAGGGGCAGGGCGUUUUCAGCGUCAUGGACGUGUACCGCACUCAGGGGUCGUGCAUCAUCGAGCACUGGGACGUCCUGCAGCAGGUUCCGGACACGCCCACCGUGAACCCUCAUCCCUUUUUCUGAAGGAGGGGUUGGGUAUCAAGAACCGCAAAUUUUCGUGAGCUGUAAUCACCUGACGGAGCCGCAUCUUAGUGGUAGUCAAUAAUACAUUAGACUGGG